AUGGUCGCCACGACUGCCUGUACAUGGAGAAGUAGAAAAUCCCCCCCUUCCCCCCCGUCCUUCUCCGCGUUUGUUCUUUUCGUUUUCUGUCAACUAUCCCUUCCUCUCAACCGUGUCAGGCCAAACACCGAGAGAACCACCGGGAAUACACCUGAUCUCGCCUGGUGUACAGAUCUAACUGGAAACCUGUUCCGUGCUUGCUAUCUCGAUCAAUCCCUUCUUAGUUCGCCCAGCAUGGCGCCGCCUAAAUUUGCUGGCAUGUCGGGGAAGCCCCUGUCCCUGACUGUGUCUACCGUUGCUACUAUGGGUUUCUUGCUGUUCGGUUAUGACCGUAUGUACCAUCCAGUAUCCUAG